AUGAAUAUCUGCAAUAAACCUCCUAAUAAGACAGCUCCAGAGAAUUUGGACGAAGCUGUUCCCGAGGUGCAGGUCCAACGCGCUCGAAGGAAUGGCUGGAGCUGGCCUCUGCACAUUUUCCAGAUUAUUGCCUGGCUACUGUACCUCUUCUUUGCCCUGGUUGGCUUUGGAAUCCUGGUUCCUCUCCUGCCCCACCACUGGCUGCCCGCUGGCUAUAUCUGUCCAGGAGUGUGUUUUAUCUACCAUUUAGUUGUUCAUCUUACUGCAGUCUCCAUUGAUCCUGCGGAUGCCAAUGUGCGAGAAAAAAACUACCUGGGGCCUCUGGCCACCUUCAAUCGUAAUCAGCAUGCACAUGUCAUUGAAAACGAUCAUUGCCAUGUCUGUGAUGUCAAUGUGAGUGCCAAGUCGAAGCACUGUAGAACUUGUAACAAGUGUGUGUGCGGCUUUGAUCACCACUGCAAAUGGCUCAACAACUGCGUGGGAGAGAGGAAUUACUGGCUCUUUUUGAAUAGCGUGUUAUCUGCCAUUCUGGGCCUUGGCCUUCUGCUGCUCGUCGCUUGCUACGUCUUCGUGGAGUUCUUCGUUGACCCCACGAUGCUUCGCUCUGACCAGCACUUUGAUGCUCUGAAGAACCACACGGACCACUGGUUUGUGUUUCUUCCUGCGGCUCCUGUUGAGACUCGGGCACCUGCGGCUGGGAUUUUUAUUCUUCUGAGCCUCAUGACCGUGAUCCUGCUAGGCCACCUCUUGACCUUUCACAUCUAUCUCAUGUGGAACAAACUGACUACGCACGAGUACAUCCUGCAGCAGCGUCUCCAGCAAGAGGUGGAAAAGAUAGACAAGCAACUGGAGCCUUGUCCUUCCCAAGUGAGACCCAGUCAGGAAGUGGACUUUUUUUCAGGCAACCCUGGCUAUACAGACCCUGGUAUUCAAGUGGACGAAUUCUCAAUAAUAACUUCAGGAAAAGGCUUCCCGAAGCUCUACAUCCUCAAUGAUGAAGCGGAUCCUGAGCAGAGCUCCUCUCCUGACCUCCCAUCUCUGCACAUUGCGGUCCCCUCUCAGCGACAGAAAAAAAGGAGAAAGAAGAUGCAUAAAGCUUCUUCCUCAGCAAUGGACAGCAGAUCUACACCACAGGCUGGACCUUGGCCCUCCUUCCCAGAUCCCCAGGCAGACAAUCCCAGAGGUGACAAGAAGAAGAAUCUGUAUUCCGGGCACAAAAUAAAAAGGAAAAGCUGUCAGCAAGACAGACGAGUGGAACAAAACCUGGAACUUUUUUCUAAGAUUCCUGCUGUAAGUGAGAGCAGUGGAGAACCUCACGUCUCCCAGCCCCAGCCCAGUGAGAGCACGUCCGAGCCACACCACAGAAAGUGCACUAGCAAGCAGCGCGUGGGCAGACGUGAUCCGUGCUUCAAGGACAUAAGGACAAACACCACAGCGGCCUAG